UGCUGUCCAACUCAACCGGACAGACGACGCGGGGAACUCUUUGGUGUCGUUUUGUUUCAGCUCGUGGCUUUCGUUGCGGGAUGCUGGCUGCCUGACUACGCCUGUGCCGCCAGCGCUGCGCCCGGGACGCGAAUGAAGAAGCUGCUUCUCCUGCUCUUCAACUAUCGGGGACUCACGCGAGGCGGGGGACGCAAAGGGAAGCGCCGUCGAAAAUGGCCUCUUUCCAGAUCCGCGCCGCGCGGUCCGAGGACUGCGCCGACCUGCUGCGCCUUAUAAAGGAGCUUGCCAAAUAUGAAGAUAUGGAGGAUCAAGUAGUACUGACUGAAAAAGAUCUGCUUGAGGAUGGCUUUGGCGAACACCCCUUCUACCACUGUCUUGUUGCAGAAGUACCAAAAGAACAUUGGACACCUGAAGGUUAUGGUAUUGUAGGGUUCGCUAUGUAUUAUUUCACGUAUGAUCCAUGGAUUGGGAAACUGCUGUAUCUUGAAGACUUCUUUGUGAUGAAUGAAUUCAGAGGCUUGGGCAUUGGUUCAGAAAUUCUAAAGCAUCUGAGUAAGAUGGCUGUCAAAUGUCGUUGUAGCAGCAUGCAUUUCUUAGUGGCAGAGUGGAAUGAACCUUCCAUCAGGUUCUACAAGAGACGAGGAGCUUCUGACUUGUCAUCUGAGGAAGGAUGGAGACUCUUCAAAAUAGACAAGGAGUAUCUGAUGAAGAUGGCCACUGAAGAAUGAGCUGUUCAGUCAGGCUGAUAGCCAGUUACACCCAGUGACUUCUUUUUUAUUGUUUUUCCCUGUCUUGCUUUUCAUCUACCUUAUAGUGAAAUAGAAUCAUAGAAUAAUGGAGUUGGAAGCAGCCUAUAAGUUUAUAUCAAUAAAUUAAGUUUAUAUCAACCCUAAUUCAAAAGCUUUAUAAAUGACAUAAAUAAGAUUGCAUUCUGGAGUUCUAGGACUCCAGUCCAAAGUUGGCAACAGUGGCCGUGUCAAUUUAUUUGCCUAUCUCCAGCCGCCUGGAAGUGCAGUUGUGAUCCUAAAAUGUAUAUUUUAUAUAACUUCGUUCUUGUGAGUGUCAUUCAAAUGUGUACAGUGUACACACUGGUAGGGUUUUUGUAAGUAUUUGUGCUCUUGAGAAAAUAAAUGUUUUUCAUGUUAGUGACAAUAAUUUGGUAUGGUUGUCUUUCAUUUAGUCACUUUCUGCUAUACCUUAUAAAUGAUGUAUGUAUAAAAUUCCUCUUGCUUUUAUUAUAGCUCACCUCCUCUUUACUAACUACUGUGUACUGUCAUUACCAUUUUCUAUUUUCUGCCUAUUAUUGAUUUGGAAGAUGCUUCUGGACUCCUGGACUAAAAUGUGCCUUUGCACUAAAAAUCACCAAAAAAGCCAAAUAAAUCUUACCAGCUUUUAAGGUGC